AUGGCGAAUCAAAUAACAGAGCAAGUGGCCGAAUUGCAAGCCGCCGCGGGGCGGCCAUUUGCUGCCGGCACUGCCCUACUACUGCUUCUGCUCUCUUACCCAUUACUGCGGGCCUUGUAUAAUGUUUACUUCCACCCACUUUCCAAGGUACCCGGGCCGCUUACCUGGUCUGCUACGCGUCUACCAUUCGUCUGGGCGCUUCUCACGGGAACAAUUGUCCACGAUAUCCAAGAGUUGCAUCGCCAAUACGGCCCAGUCCUGCGCAUUGCCCCCGACGAGGUCACGUUCGAGCAUGUCGACGCUUAUGAGGAGAUUCUCAAGCCCGCCUCGCCACAGUUCCUCAAGGAUCCCACUUGGUGGAAGCGGCAGCCCGGCCAACCCGAGUCCAUACUGAGCGCCAUCGACCCCAAGCACCACGCUCACAUCCGCGGAGCCCUUGCGCCGGGCUUUACUCCACGGGCUCUGAGAGCCCAGGAGCCGUUUGUACAACGGUAUGUCAACCUACUCAUCGACCGCAUACGCGAACUGGCCGCCAAGCAUCAAGAGUCAGAAAUCGACAUCGCGCCCUGGCUUAUGUUCACCACGUUCGACAUCUUUGGUGACUUGGGAUUCGGGGAGUCAUUUGACUGCUUGCAAAGUUCGCGCUACCACCCCUGGAUCGCCUUGUUGUUUGGUAGCGUCAAGGCGGCCGCCUUUGUCGCUGCUGCGCGCUAUUACCCCUGGAUCGAGUACGUGCUCAUGAAGUGCAUCCCUGCCUCUCUCAGGGAGAAGCAAAAGGCCCACUUCAAUCAGAUCGUCGACAAGGUGCGUCGGCGCCUGAACUACGAAAUGGAACGUCCCGAUAUCAUGUCCCACGUGAUCAGGAAAGACGAGGACUUGAGCCAAGGAUUGCCGCUUGACGAGAUCGAAGUCACAUUCAUGAUGCUCACGACGGCUGGAAGCGAGACGACGGCCACCGUCCUGACCGGUACUGUGAACUACCUCGUUCAGUGCCCAGAGAAACUGGACAGGGUGGUUUCUGAAAUUCGCCGCCAAUUCCAGAGCGAAACAGAUAUCACGCUCGAUGCGUUGCGAAACUGUACCUACCUCAACGCCGUCAUCAACGAGGGACUGCGCCUCUGCACGCCUGUCCCCUGGGUGCUACCCCGGCGGGUCCCUCCAGGGGGCGGCACCGUUUGCGGGGUGUGGCUUCCCGGCGGCACCCGGGUCUCGAUCCAGGCGUACGCCAUGAGCCGAGAUCCGCAGUACUGGCAUCGUUCUGAAUCCUAUCUUCCCGAACGAUGGUUGCCCGAGAGCCAGAAUGACCCCAAAUCCCCGUUUUAUGGUGAUAAGCGUCAGGCGUUGCAACCAUUCAGCGUCGGUCCGAGAUCAUGCAUGGGGCAGCAUCUAGCCUGGGCGGAGAUGCGGUUGAUACUCGCAAAGCUCCUGUGGAACUUUGAUUUUGCCGCACCCGAGGACAAGGAGAAGUGGCUGCGGUGGGAAGACCUGCGGACGUUUUUGCUGGUCGAGAAGCGGCCGAUCUAUGUGAGGGUUAAACCCCGGUUCCAGACCCGGUGA